AUGAUUCAUCUAGAGAUUCAGUAUUUUAGCUUCAAUAGAAUUCUGUUGCUUGUUAUUGGCUUGUGGCCCUAUCAACAGUCUAAAUUCACACGAUUUCAGUUUAUUCUCAUUUCUACUAUUCUGACAGCGGGUAUUGUAUUUCAGACGUCAAACAAUUAUACUCACAAUACUUGCCGUUAUUGCAGGAUCUUUUUGCUUUAUCGGCCAGUAUUUAUCGAAUGGUCUCAUUUUAUCACAAAAUAUAUCUCGCCUACCAAUUAUGAUGGAGUAUUUUAUCGAUCAAGAAAAAUAUUUUUAUUUAAUUUUAUUGCACAGCUACGCAAUUAUAUGCAUCGGAGGAAUUGCGAUAUUAGCAGUAGGAACAUUGUUCUUUACGUAUCUUCAGUAUAUCUGUGGAAUGUUCAAAAUUGCUGGCUAUCGUAUUGAGCAUGCAAUAAACAUCAAUAUUCGACAAAAUAUUACGCCGAAAAAUAAGAUUUUGAUGAACGAGGACAUAAUUUGUGCCGUCGAUAUUCACCGGCAAGCUAUGAAGUUAGCGUUAUU